AUUGCCAAAGGAUAAAGGAGAGUUCAAGUGACAAGAAAACACUUCUCACUAUGAAUUGGUUUGGAAUGUACUUCUCUAAGUGUCCUGAGGAUGUUUCCUUACUCAACAUCCACUCCCCUCUGUUGUCACUCAUAUCAUCUGAAGAUGAACAACAUUUUAUUUCCAACUUGAGGAGCCACAGACCAGCCCGAGUGGUGGUGAAGCAGCCUGCCCGGGGAGCCAGCAACAGGACCACAAUCACAGCGAUUGUCCAGACGGGUGGGGACUGGAGCACUGGCCUCUUCAGUGUCUGCAGAGAUAGGAGGAUUUGUUUCUGUGGCCUAUUUUGUCCCAUAUGUCUUGAGUGUGACAUUGCCAGGCAUUAUGGAGAGUGUCUUUGCUGGCCAUUGUUACCUGGGUCCACCUUUGCACUGAGAAUUGGCACCAGGGAGAGACAUAAAAUACAGGGAACUUUGUGCGAGGACUGGCUGGUGGUGCACUGCUGUUGGCCUUUUUCCAUCUGUCAGGUGGCCCGGGAACUCAAGAUGAGGACCGCCCAACUCUACGAAAUCUGUGCAGUCCCUUCGACUCGGGACACCCUUAUUUGACACAGCAAGAUGAUUACCCCUCUUUACUCCCUCACCCUCUUCUCAAACUUCUCUUAAUAGAUUGCGUUUCUUGUUACAUUUUCACUGAAACAUUAUAAAAAUAAAUGAUUUCCUCCCACUGUC